CAGCACAUUUCCGACUUGUGGACUUUUGCACAGCAUCCAGGCAUCAUCUUCGAUCCCUGUCCAUCGCUAGACGAUGUACAGACACUAAUCAUGGCGGGCAGGGCAAAAUUGGAAGAAGCUCUGAGCGAACACGAGCCUCUCUUUAAGCUUCCAGGAAGUGUUACGUAUGUAGGCGGUACGGGUGGAACUGCAACCCUGGGACCGGACGGUGUUCUUCCUUGGGGUUCCUGGCGUAAGCCACCGAGACGUGCUCCUCGGGCAGCAGGCUUCAACCACACGUAUGAGCUGAUUCAACAGGGGUUGACGGUGGAUGUCAUGUGCUGGCCGCCUCGUACCGAGCGCGAAAGAAGCAUCCUCACCGUGGCGCUGACGGAAACGCCACACCUAGCCCGUGUUACCUUACAAUGCAACGUGGAUGGCGGCAAUGGGAAGGACAUCUCCUACCAGUAUGUCGGGAGUAACUCUAUCGUUGUCAGGGGGUGUUCAAACAAAGACGCAGACGGUCGAGAUGAUCCAGAUACUACCGUCAUGUACUUCAAAGAUGCAGGUGCCGAGCUUUUUGCUUCUGUGUCGGAGCUUGGCGGUGACUUGAUAUGCUCGCUUCGACCGAGGUGGACAAGCAAUCUGGUCCAGUAUGUUUCCAAUCGACGCUGGAUCAACGUCACUGAGCUCAGAGAAGGGAGGCCAAAUAGGCUUAGCGGCUACGAUGGCGAACUCGGCCCUGGAAACCACUCUUUUUCGCCUACCAGCGAAGUCUCCAAGAGGGACUUCUUCGCGUAUUACGCUCGACUUCUAAUCGUGCAAAAUCCGCUGGCAGCCGUCGGCCACGCAUUCGUCUACUCGAGCACCCUUUCGUCGGUCAUAAAUGCCACCAAGAGAACAUCCCCCCAGGACACCUCUUCAUUGCAGAGCCCCAACACCAACCUGACCUCGCCUGCAAACCUCUGGGGAACGGUUCUGUACGGUAAGACAGGUGCCAUACAGAGUCUUGCCAACUUCAAUGCCCGAAUGAAUGCACGAAGAGCUACGACGUGGAUUCAACCUGAUCAAGUGGCACAAUUUAUCCAGGGUGUCUUCGAGUAUUCUGCCACAUCUCAGCGUGAAUGGUUUCAGGCCAUGGCGGUGGAAAGCGGCCGCGGUGGCGGAUUCCACGGUCCGAUUUCAGAGCAAAACGGUACUCGAAGGGUCUUUGGGCUCUGGCAUGGGGCAACGGUAGGAUGGGGCUCGAGCACUCAAGAAUCUACAAACACCAUCGGCUACCUCUCUUUACUGCCCAUCGUCCUCUUUGCUUUGGCCAGCUGGGCCCUCAUUGGGUGGACACAUUGGAUCGACGAUCCUCCCGACGGACUCAAUGCGGCAAUUGAUCCGACAGAUUGGAUGUCGGCAGUUAUUGCAGCUUCCCAAGGCGGCCUCCGCUACGCCUUUGACAAGAACGCUCUGAUGACCACCAAAGGGAUGAAGGGAGCACGGUGA